AUGAGCAAGUCGCCAGUUCAAGGAUCCGCAGGUCAGGCGGAGCAUGCGGAUCCCGCAGAAAAAAGUGACGAGAAGAAGAAGGUCCUGCAGGAGGGGGUAAUUCUGCUGCAGCGGUACGAUCGCAAAAGCAGCUGUUUUCAAUUGCGCUUGUGUAACAAGAAGCUCGCCAAUUUAAGCUUCACCGUGGACAUCUCGAAAUCCGUGAAUCUGGAACUUCGGGCUCCGCCUGGCAAAGGGACCUCGCACUCUUGCAACGUGGAGGUGCCGCCGGGGCUGGAGGUGGAGCUUUGCCAAAUUGCGCAGGUUGAUCCGAAGAAGGGGUACACGCUCAGUGCCACCUACAGCUGGGUGCCAAAGCCAGCAGAUCGCAAGCUGGUGCAGCAGCAGACAGCAGAGGAAGUGAAGAGGCGGCACGACAUCGUGGCAAACCUCAAAACCUGCAACAUUGUUCCGUCCAAGUUCGAUUCGGCAGCCAAGAUCGAGGAGGCGUGCUCGAAAAGAGGCAUUUCGCAGUUCGUUGAUGCGGAAUUCUUCCCCGACGACACUGCGCUGUUCAACCAACCGCAGAGUCAAGACAACCCUUGUGUUGUUUGGAAGCGCCCCAGCGAGUUCUGCGACAAGGGCGAGAUCAGAGUCUUCUCUGAUUCGAUCACGCCAUGUGACAUCCACCAGGGAGCGUUGGGUGAUUGUUGGUACUUGGCUGCGCUGGCAGCCUUAGCAGAGCAGCCUCAGCUCAUCCGCGAACUCUUCAGCAGCGACAAGCACAGCAGCCUUGGCGUCUACGAAGUCUCGUGCUUCAAGAACGGACAGCUGACCAAAGUCAUUGUGGAUGAUUUGAUCCCAUGCUCCCCAUCGACGGGCAAGCCCUGCUAUGCACAUGUCAACGUCGAAGGGGAAGGCCAGACGGUGAACGAGCUUUGGGUGGCGCUGUUGGAGAAGGCAUGGGCCAAGCUGCAUGGUUCCUACGAGCAGAUUGAGGGUGGAAUUCCGUGCUUCGGCUUCAUGAGCUCUGCUGUCUUUUCCAAGCCGUCGGAUGCAUGA